AUGGAAUAUUUCAGAAUUCGCAGGCAUUCAAUUUACUGUAUACUAUUGCGAAUAAGUAAAGUUAUAAUUAUGUGUAUUGAUUUAUAUGCACAUAUUAUUUAUCAUUUUCUUGUUGUUUUAUGCCAAGCCAUCAAAUAUAUUAGUCUUUUAAUAUUCUGCCUAUUAUCAUUAAACUGUAUGUGCUCCAAAAUUUGUGCACAGCCAGGGCGCAAACAGAGCGCAUCAAGGAAGCAGCAGAAUGGAAUAAAAUGUAUUAAAUAA